UCAGCGUUGAAGCGAUUUUUGGUAGUGAGAAAUAGGAGCGGAGGAAGAAGAAGAAGAAGAAGCGGGAGAUAGAGAGAUAGAGAUGGAGGUGGGCUUUUUGGGCCUGGGAAUCAUGGGCAAGGCCAUGGCCCGAAACCUCCUCCGUAACGGGUUCCGGGUCACCGUGUGGAACCGCACCCUCUCCAAGUGUCAAGAACUAGUGAGCGAAGGUGCUUCUGUCGGAGAAACUCCAGCAUCAGUGGUUAAGAAGUGCAAGUACACCAUAGCCAUGCUCUCUGAUCCCAGUGCAGCUCUGUCGGUAGUUUUUGACAAAGACGGGGUGCUUGAGGAGAUUUCUAGUGGAAAAGGCUAUAUUGACAUGUCAACCGUCGAUGCCGAUACCUCAUCUAAGAUCAGUGAGGCAAUUACUAAAAAAGGUGGAUACUUCCUUGAGGCUCCAGUCUCGGGCAGCAAGAAGCCUGCUGAAGAUGGCCAGUUGGUUAUACUUGCUGCCGGGGGGAAGGAACUUUAUGAAGAAAUAACUCCUGCAUUUAACGUAUUGGGGAAAAAGUCGUUCUUUCUGGGAGAAGUUGGCAACGGAGCGAAAAUGAAGCUUGUGGUCAACAUGAUCAUGGGCAGUAUGAUGAAUGCAUUAUCUGAAGGGCUUUGUCUCGCUGAUAAAAGCGGAUUGAAUCCACAGACACUGCUAGACGUGUUGGAUCUGGGUGGGGUGGCAAAUCCUAUGUUUAAGCUGAAAGGGCCUGCGAUGAUCAAGGGCAGUUACGCGCCGGCAUUUCCUCUCAAACAUCAGCAGAAGGAUAUGAGAUUGGCCCUUGCUCUUGGCGAUGAACAUGCUGUCUCAAUGCCUGUUGCUGCUACAGCAAAUGAGGCGUUCAAGAAAGCGAGGGGCCUUGGACUGGGGGACCAUGAUUUUUCAGCUGUGUUUGAGGCAGUGAAGGGAAAAGGAAGUUCUGGUGAUGCAUGAACAUUGUGAACACAAGAAAUUUAUGCAGUGUUGGAAUGAUCAUUAAUGCGACUCAAAGCAAAUGACAGAGAUGAUGGUCUUGGAAUAAAUUUAACCUAUUAUGCUGUGAAUACAAAUCUUUGUCAAGUAUAUCUUGAACUUGAGUUGAAAAUAUCAAUUGCAGUCCAUUGAUGACUCUCUUGCCCUA